GAGAGGAAGAUGGUGUCGUUGAAGCUACAGAAGCGGCUUGCUGCCAGCGUCCUCAAGUGUGGGAGGGGCAAGGUUUGGCUUGACCCCAAUGAAGGCAACGAAAUCUCCAUGGCCAACUCUCGGCAAAAUAUCAGAAAGUUGGUCAAGGAUGGUUUCAUCAUCAGGAAACCCACCAAAAUACACUCAAGAUCUCGUGCCCGCAGAAUGAAAGAAGCAAAGACGAAGGGCCGUCACUCUGGAUAUGGUAAGCGCAAGGGUACUAGAGAGGCUAGGUUGCCCACAAAGGUGCUAUGGAUGAGGAGGAUGAGAGUCCUUAGGCGCUUGCUUCGCAAGUACAGGGAGUCGAAGAAGAUUGACAAGCACAUGUAUCAUGACAUGUACAUGAAGGUGAAGGGUAAUGUUUUCAAGAACAAGCGUGUGCUAAUGGAAAACAUUCACAAAACAAAGGCUGAAAAGGCUAGAGAGAAGACCUUGUCCGACCAAUUUGAGGCCAGGAGGGCAAAGAACAAAGCAAGUAGGGAAAGAAAGUUUGCUAGGAGGGAGGAGCGUUUGGCUCAGGGACCAGGGGAGAGGCCAGUACAACCUGCAGCAGCAGCAGCCACCCAAGCCCAAACAAAUUUAACAAGACUUGCCCUUGCAGGGGAUCUAAGAAGUGAGGAUGAUGUGACAGCUGAUAUGACAAAAUUCUUGUGUGACAAAAUGCUGAAAGGGUUGUAA